ACUCGGUCGGCACGGUCUGGCAACGCCAUCAGCUGUUUUUGCCACAAAACAAAAUUAAAUUGUUGCUGAUGAUUUGGAUUGUGGAUUCUGGAAAAUUGCACUGACUCGCAUUGAUUGGGAAAUCGGUGAUCAACCGGCGAGGCGAUGGGCAGCACGCGGGAGCGGGAAAGGGAGAGUCGCCUGUGCGCCGUCACCUUCUUCGCGAAGUUGCAUCCCGGCGACGUCUGCGGCAGCAACGGACUGCCCCUCACGCCCAACUCGAUUGCGAUCCUCGGGAGGGCCCAGAAACUGAAGGAGCUGCAGGACGAGCACCUGUGCCAGUACCUGGACGUCAUCCGCGGCAAGCACGAGCGCACCAUUGUGGUUUCCGAGUACCUGGGACUGUCUUUAGAAGACUAUGCCAAGCGCCACCCUCCGCUGGCCAUUGCCCAGAUCCUGAGGAUCUUCUACCAGGUGGCCUGCGGCAUUAACGUGUUGAGCCAACACCAUUUGGUGGCCCACAACCUGGAGCCCAAGCACGUGCUCAUCUCCACCGACGGCCAGCGGGUGAAGCUCUUCAACUACGGGCUGCACCACAUGACCAAGGGCGGUGCCUACGUGCCCUUUCCCAUCGGCAACAUUCGCUACAUGGCUCCCGAGCGACUGCUCGGUCUGAAUGGCAAUGUGAAGAGCGAUAUUUGGGCCCUGGCCCUCAUGAUCGUUGAGCUACUGUUCCAAAUCGAACUCUGGCCCAAGCUGAAGCUCUCGAAUGUGGUGCGGAAGAUCCUGGCCUUCGGCAGGAGCAACGGGGUGCUGGAGAAGAUUGCGCGGGAGCAUCAGUGCCACGAGCGGUAUGCGGAAAUGGACAGCAGUCUGCGACAGCUGCUGGAAAGCUGCCUGAGUGUGCUGCCGAAAAGGAGGCCUCUGCCGGAGGAGCUCUUGAGUCAUCCCGUUUUCGAGGGCCUCCUCUUGCAACUUCCGAAGCAGAGGAGUCAACCCGAGGCAGUCGAGCACUUGCCGCUGCUCCUGCGCUGUCCUUUAUCCCAGAUCUACCAUCUUUGGCAGCUGGCCGGCGGCGAUGUGCAGGCGGAGCUCAAGAAGGAGGGUCUCAUCCGCAGCGAGGCGCCCAUUUUGGGCCUCCCUCAGAUCGUUCGCCUGAGCGGCGCCAGCGUUUGUCCGGGUCGCAGCCAGGCGCAGCUGAUGGACGAUCGUGUGGUGCCGCUGCGCCUGAAGGCGCUGCUCCAGCGACUGAGUCGCCUGCCCGCCGGCGUCUACUUUCCGCUGCUCCACUCGCCGCGCUUUCCCGCCCACUUUGCCCGCGAACUGCAGGAGCUGCCGCUGGUGAUCCGCGAGAAGGACAUCGAGUAUCAGUUCCAGCGGGUGCGCCUGUUCACGCGCCUCCUGCAGGGCUAUCCGCACACCUCGGAGCAGCUGCGAAGCGAGGCGGCGGUGGAUGUGCCGCCGCUGUUGAGGGGUCCCAUUUGGGCUGCCCUCCUGGAGGUGGUGCCCAAUGGCAGCUAUGCGAAGAUAGACAAGUUCACGGCGACCAGCACCGAUCGGCAAAUCGAGGUGGACAUACCGCGGUGCCAUCAGUACGAUGAGCUGCUCUCCUCGCCGGACGGCCAUCGCAAGCUGAGGCGGCUGCUCAAGGCCUGGGUCACUGCCCAUCCGCAGUAUGUCUACUGGCAGGGAUUGGACUCGCUGACGGCGCCCUUUCUCUAUCUCAACUUUAACAAUGAAGAACUCGCCUUCCUCAGCCUGUUCAAGUUCAUUCCAAAGUAUCUGCAGUGGUUCUUUCUCAAGGACAAUUCGGCGGUGAUCAAGGAGUAUUUGAGCAAGUUCUCCCAGCUGACUGCCUUCCACGAGCCGCUGCUCGCCCAGCAUUUGGCCAGCAUUAGCUUUAUCCCAGAGCUAUUUGCCAUACCCUGGUUCCUCACCAUGUUCUCGCAUGUUUUCCCGCUGCACAAGAUCCUGCAUUUGUGGGACAAACUCAUGCUGGGCGACAGUUCCUAUCCGCUGUUCAUCGGCAUUGCCAUCUUGCGCCAGCUGCGGAGCACGCUGCUCACCUCCGGUUUCAACGAGUGCAUCCUGCUCUUCUCGGAUCUGCCGGACAUCGUGAUGGAUGGCUGUGUGCUGGAGUCGCAGAAGAUGUACGAGGCCACGCCGAAGAGUAUUACCCAUCGCCAGCACGCGCUGCGCCUCCAGCCGCCACAGGCUUUGGACAUUGGCGUGGCGGACGUGGAGCUGAAGCAUUUGCAGCAGGAGCAGUGCCCGCGGAUCAGCGCCAAGGACGUGCACUUCCUGCUCGUUCAUUCACCGGCCGAACUAAUCCUCGUCGAUCUGCGCAGCGUGGUGGAGUUCGGACGCGUCCAUGUGCCGCACAGCAUCAACAUUCCCUUCGCCACCGUCCAGCUGGGCGAGCAGCGACUGGAGGCGCUGCAAGUGCCCCAAUUGGAGGCGCUUCUCCGUGGCAAGAUCGUCGUCUGCGUGAGCAACAUCCAUCAGCACUCCGUGGAGUUUUCUCACUUUUUGGUGGCCUGCGGCGUCCAGCGCACCUGCAUCCUUCACAAGGGAUUCAACGUCCUGCACUCCAUCGAGCCAAACAUACUCAUCUCGAAUUGAGCCCGCUGAUCGUUUCUCGUUAGCCUCAUCGCUUCUGCUCGUCUAGCCUAAGCUCAAUGUAAAUUUAUUAUCUUUUUUAAAUGGAAUGUAUUU